AUGUAGAAUAAACAAAAUGAAUUAGUGACCUGUAAAUUUUGUUUAUAAAGUUUUCCUCUUCCUUUAAUGUAUGCCCAUAGAAUAGAAUGCAAUUUAGAUAAUCAAUUUAGGUAUAAAUUUAUUUUAUAAAGCUAAGAACCAUAAUUACAAUAAAUUUAACAUAUCAAUUUAAAUCCUGAGAAUUUACUAAAAACAUAUGAUUUCUAAAUUAAAUAAAACUAAGAAGUUUAAGAUUUAGAAUCUCAUUAUAUUUAUUCAUAAAAUCUAUCAUAGAAUUAAUAGAAGGAAUUUCCUUCAUAAACAUCGAAAAAUUAGAAUAAUUUAAAAGAUUUAUUUGAUUAAUCCAUUUUAGCAUAAAUUACAUAGAAGUGUGAAUAUUGCAAUGAGAUUUUUCCAAAAAUAGAAAUUGAGGAACAUUAUCCAAAUUGUUAAGCCUAUCUAAUGAUUGAAUAACUACAAAUAGAGGAAACUAAAAAUGAUUAUAAUUUCUAAGAAGACAAUAUUGAAAGAUUUGGAUAACAAAAGGAAGUAAAUUUUAAUACUCAAAUUCAAGAAGAUAUUUAAAGUGAUGGCAAAAUACUUCAAAAAAUUAUCACUAGAAAUCCAGCUAAUAAUGAAAUAUAUGAAACAGUAUUUAUUAUUGAUUCUGAAACUGGAGCAUAAUUAGAGUAGGUUUCCUAAUAAAUAUUAAAUUAAAAUAAUAAUUUAAAAAAGAAUUAAUAGGGCUUUGCGAGUUUUAAUAAUAAUAAUAACGAAAUAGUUUUAUCAUAGUUAUAAGAAAGUGAUGAACAAAGGUAUUAAUUAAAUACUAAAAAGGCUAAUUUAAAAAAGAAAAGUUUAAAAUUUAGGAAGAAUCAAAUUCUCAAAUUCAGAUUAGCUUAAUUAAGAAUUUAAAUUAUGUAGCAUUUGCUAUAUGAAUUAUAAAAAAGAUGAAGAAUUAGUUUUACUGCCUUGUAUUCAUAGAUUUCAUCAUGAUUGUAUAUUUAAAUGGUUUAUAACCUAAUCAACUUGUCCCAUAUGCAAAAUAGAUGUAGAAUAACCAGAAGCUUCAAAAUUUUAAUAGAAUUAUUGA